AUGCCGGACGACCGCCACUCCAUUCAGUCACGUAUCUCUGCCAUCGAGGAUAGGCUUCACGAGCAGGGCGGUACCAUUGGCGAAAUCAAGGGGGACGUUUCUUCCAUCAAGGGGAACAUGGGUGCGAUGAACUUGCGUCUCGAGACCGUGGCCCAAACUGCGGAUGCUGCUGCCGCUAGCAGUGCAGAGAUUCGCCAUAAUCUCGGCACGGCCCUUACGGCUCUCACGCGCGUCCAGAGCCUCAUCGGCGAUCCCAGCGCCGACGAUAACCUCACCGGUCACGCCGGCCCGGCCACCGUCAACCUCAACCGCGCUGGUGCUGCGGCCGUCAACUCCGCCGCCAACGUCAACCGCGGCGGUGGUUUCCCAGACUCCGGCGCCACCGCCGAAGAGGAUGUGAUUGUUGACCCCAAAACCCCGGCGCGCCACACCAGCAAGGUUGGAGCUUGUACGCCCUGGGCUCCCGUUUUUCCAAGUUCCCGUGCUUUGCCUGGUGCGACCAUCGUGGCGGCUGCCCUAACCGUCCUUUUCGUUGCAGUUACUCCCACAACCCCAAGUUCCUCGCAUAGAGCCUCCUCAGCGCAUGGCCUUUGCGUCCAGACGCAAAUGUUAAAACCCUUCGAUUUUUUUUUUCUGGCUCGCCCGGCCGUCCGUGCCGCCCGCCUCGGCUUCCUGGCCAAAGUGGACCAGCACGAGACCGAUGUGCAGGCGCGCGAGGACUACUUGGAGCUGCGCGAAGCCGCCCUCCAGAACCGCGAAACAAUGGUCGAAACGCAAGCCACGAAGUCGACAUGGCCAUGUGCUGCAAAUAAUAACGAUGUGACUCUCUCAACCGUCCACUCUCUCACCUCCAUCAUCACUUCAUCCUUCAUCACUUCAUCCAUCAUCACUUCAUCCAUCGUCACUUCAUCCAUCAUCCCCUCCACCCAUCAUCACGUCCACCCAUGUCUCCUCGAUCGUCUCCCUCCCCAGCUCCCAACUCCUUGUACCCCCUAUCAUAUGGUAUGGGCCGAUUCCCACGUCAAUGAUGCCGACCAGCCGGAGAGGCUCUAA